AUGUAUACCGUGCCCUAUCCCGUUCAAGUUCAAACGGUUUCUCCUUUGGUCAUCAAAACUUUCGUCUCUGUGAGACGAAUGUCAGUCCAUUCCAAAUUGUAUCAUUUCUACUUAUUCUGUGAAUGUUGGACAGACG